AUGGGGGAGUUCACGGUUCACCGCGUGCGCUUCUUCGACUACGUUCCAUCCGGGGUGCGGUGCAUGUCAUACUCCGAACAGAGCGGCAGGCUCGCUGUGGCUCGCAAUGACGGCUCUGUGGAAGUGUACAACUUUCCCGCCAACUACUACCAGGAAAAGAUCAUUCCUGGUGAUGAGAAGAGAUCCACGGAGUCUAUAUGUUGGGUGCCCGGUGACCGACUCUUCUCUGCAGGUCUGAACGGAGACAUCAUGGAAUACGACCUGGAGAGACUGUGCGUCAAAUACUCUGUGAACGCAUUUGGAGGCCCCUUAUGGAACAUCGCACCAAGUCCUUGUGGAUCUCAACUUGCCGUGGGCUGUGAGGACGGCUCCGUGAAGCUGUUCACCAUUACUCCCGAGAACAUUGUGUUUGAGAAGAGUUUGGAUCGACAGAAAGAGCGCAUUCUGUGCCUUGCCUGGCAUCCUUCGGGUUCCCAUAUAGUUGCUGGCUCCAUCAACACCAUUAAAGUGUUCAGCGUCUCGUCAGGUGGGGAACGUCGCCUGCUGCAAGUUCUAAGGAUGCCGUUGGUCAGCCGGAAACGCAAAUGUAUAGUCUGGGGGGUGGCUGUUCUGUCCUGUGGGGAAAUUGUCAGCGUGGAUUCUAAUGGGAAGCUUCAAUUCUGGAAUUUAGAGACGGGGACACUUAUCCGCUCAUACACUGCGGCCACCAGUGAUAUCCUGUGCAUAGCGGUGUCUCAGGAAGAAGACAGUCUGGUGGUGGGCACUGCACAGGGAUCCAUCUUACAGUUCCAGCAGUUGGCACUGCAGGCAGGGAAGGAGGAGAAGCAGUGGGUUUCCACCAAACCAUUCCAGCAUCACAGCCGUGACGUCCGGGCAGUGGCUCACAGCAGCACAUCUCUGAUUUCUGGAGGCUUGGAUGGCAAUAUUGUCGCACGACCGUUGUUGGAGAGGAUACAAGUAAAAUCCUAUGAGGCUGCACUGAGAAAAAUCACCUUCCCGCAUCGGCAUCUUGUGUCUUGCGCUCAGGCUUCCCGCUUGCUGCUCUUCCAGUUUCCCGAUCAUCUGGAGCUGUGGCGUCUCGGACAGACUGAUCAAUCAGGUUUGGAUAAACUGAUAGCUAGAAGGCAGAGAUGUGACAAAAAAUAUACUGUGAGUUAG